CCCUGCUGCCCACAGGCCACUCCCCCUCUCUAACAAAGCACACACGGCGAGAUAGAGAUAGGGAGAGGGGUUGAGAGAGGGAGAGGGGAUGGGGAGGAGGGCGUGCUGUGCCAAGGAAGGGGUGAAGCGAGGGGCCUGGACGAGCAAGGAGGACGAGAUCCUGGCUUCCUACGUCAAGGCCCAUGGCGAAGGCAGGUGGAGGGAGCUCCCGCAGCGAGCUGGUCUGCGGCGGUGCGGCAAGAGCUGCCGGCUGCGGUGGCUGAACUACCUCCGGCCGAACAUCAAGCGGGGCAACAUCUCCGACGACGAGGAGGAGCUCAUCGUCAGGCUCCACGGCCUGCUCGGCAACAGGUGGUCCAUCAUCGCCGGCAGGCUGCCCGGCCGAACAGACAACGAAAUCAAGAACUACUGGAACAGCACGCUCGGCAGGAAGGCGCUCCCCGCCCGCCCCGCCAUUGCCGCGGCGAGGACCGUCGCCUCCGGCUCCUCCAGCUCCACGGGGAGCGCCGCGGCGGCGCUGUCUACCUCCGUCCCUGCCGUCCUCCAUGGCGCGGCGCCUUCGUCGCCGGCCGGCGCGGUGUGGGCGCCCAAGCCCGUGAGGUGCACGGGCGGCCUCUUCUUCCGCAGGGAGCAGGAGACGCCGCCGCCCGCGCCGGUCGUCGAGGAGACGCGGGCCGGAGGAGAUCAAGAGGGAGACGCCUGCAGCGGCAGCAGCUCGGAGACGUCGUCGGCCGAGCCGUGCUCGUCGGGGUCGGGCGGCGGAGACUGGAUGGACGACGUGAGAGCCCUGGCGUCGUUCCUGGAGUCCGACGAGGAAUGGCUCAAGUCCCUGCACAUGGCCGGUUAAUUAACCUCUCACACGUGAUCGAUCUGGUUCAGUCACAUGUACGUGGGUGCGCCGCUGCACGUACGCUUUUCGAAAAGGAAACUGUAUGUAUGCUUGAGCAGUGUGCAUACGUACAAACGUACUUACGCCCGCGCGUAUGUGGCGGUACGUGGCUGGCUAGCUCCCGUACGUUACGACUGUACUGAGUUUUUUAUUUAUAAACUACGACUGUACUGAGUUGUUCAUAUGUAAACGUGGUUUUGAGAAAAUA